AUGGCGCACCUCGAGACGAACCCGCGGGUGAGUCUGCACUCGAUCGCUGGAGUCGCGUCGUGCUGCUACGUCGAGAGCAUGGACGUUGCCUUCGACAUGGGCAUCGUCUUUGGCAAGGCCGUCGGGCGCAAGCACGUCUUCAUCACGCAUGGUCACAUUGACCACAUCAAAGCGCUACCGGGCCACGCCGGUGAGCGGUCGCUCUCGAAAGCGGCACCGGCCACGUACUAUGUGCCCGCGCCGCUCGUGGAGCAUGUCAAGCAGAUCUUAGCGAGCUUUGAGAUCAUGCAAGAAAGUCCGCUGCCGGCGACGAUCGUCGCGGUCGAGGCCGGCAUGAGCUUUCGCAUCUCGCAUACGGUUCUUGUCAAGGCCUUUCCCACGGUCCACCGCGUGCCCAGCUUUGGCUAUGUUGCCUACGCCAUCACAAAGCGCUUGGGCGACGAGUUCAAGGACCUUCCGCGCGACGAGCUCAUCGCGCUGCGCAAGGCCAAGGUGCCGAUCGACAUUGAGACGCUCACGCCAAUGGUCGCGUACACGGGCGAUACGCAAGUGGCCUUCUUCGAUUCGAGCAACGAGGCCAACUGCGGCGACUUUUUCAAAGCCAAAGUCCUCGUCACCGAGUGCACGUACGUGGGUGACGCGAUCCCACCCGCGACCGCGGCCGAGCGGGGCCACAUGCACCUGUUGCAGCUUGCGGCGAUGCAAGAUCGCUUCCUAAACGAAACCCUCAUCCUGACGCACUGCUCGCCCCGGUACAGCGCCAAGGCGCUCGCGGACGCUGUCCGAUUGCAGUGGCAUGAAAAUACUGGCCAGCAGGUGUGGCUUGCGCAUGGUGCCGAGAGUGCCCUCGUCCGAGGUUAA